CAAACAAACUUACGUGCAGCCACACAAAAACACGAAAAAACAAAAACAGUACAACGCUGCAUUUACAUACAUAGAUAGAUACACGACAGCGAAGGUAUGUAUAUUGUUCAUAACAUGGGUGUAGCCAGGACUAGAUUCAUGGGGGAUUCAACCAAUAAAACGAAUUUCAAGAUAAGACAUAUGGAAAUAUUUUAGUUAUUAGAGCUACUUAGCUUUCAUUUAAAGCUAAACUUUAAAACGCAUGGCAGUUAACCCCUUUUCUCUAUUCUCAACUACGCCCUUGGUACAUACGCUGUUCGUUGAGUUUGCGAAGUCGACUACGAAUGAACGAAACAAAAACGAUGAAGAACAGAACGCGAUGAAACCAAAUCGAAAACCGUAUGUAUUCGUGACCACUCGAGUGUGUGUGUGUGUGUGGUGAGGGACGGGAGAGAACGCGCCUGUUGCAAAAAUUCAGUGCUGCACUCUCAUUCGUGACGAAAGGAUGUACGCCCGGUUGUAGUCGAAUGAAUCCGUGUACAUCAUCGCCCCCAUAUAUGCCACGUGGCUCUGGAUCCGUGGAAAACUCCACACUGGAAUCGCACGGCCUACAGCUGCUCGAGAUGGCUGGAAAGGAGGACUACGAGGAGCUGCGCGAACUUCUGCAGUCGUGGGAUGUCGCCGAUCUGCUGCCCCACCUGCAAGAUGAGGCCAUCAACGUGGACGAGCUGCAGAUGAUAAAGCGCCAUCAUCUGUCCGAGUUGCUGCGUAACUUUCGCUUCGGGACUCGCAUUCGCUUCGAGCACCACUUGGAGCGAUGGCGCCGAUGGUUGAAUGUUCCGCUCCAGGGGGGCCAGGGCCCGAGUUCGAUUCACUGCUCCGGCUGCCGCUGCCAGGAGGUUCAGGCAGCCGACUGCCACGGCCAGAUCCCCCUGGUAACGGGCCAUCCAUCGGAAUUUCCAGAGGAUCCUGAGAAAUGCGAGGACCUGGCCAAGACAAUACCGGCGGAAUCGCUGGUGGCCCUCAGUGAGCCCAGGAAAAUAGAAGUUCCCUUUCAAAUGCCCAUGGUUGAGACUCCUCCACGGAUUGCCAACGAGGUCAUGUUGGUUAAACAGGAGCUGAUACCGAUGCAGCAAACUAGGACAGUGGAAGUUGGAACUGGGGCUGGGUCUUCGGGAGGAACCUCAGUCAGCAAAGAUGAUCAAAGUGCAGUGGCUGACCAAGAGGUCAGCAUUAUGGGUAUCCUGCGAGCCUCGGGCAUAAGGUCGCAGACCCUGCUUGAGCGUAUUGGCCAGGAUGAGCCCCUGGAUGCUGUGCAGCGCCUGCUGCUCAUUCAACUGGUGUGCAGCUACUACGAGGAGAACCAGCUGCACCUGACCCUACAGAGGAGUCACCUGCUGGAACAGGAGAUCCUGCAGCUGUACCCGCAAGAGCAGCUCAACUACUACCGCACCGAGAGGCGGGGAAAGAUCUACGUGAGGUUCACCAACAUGAAGCGGAGCAAGAGGCUCAGUUCCUCGCGACAGGAGCUGAAACGCCGCCGCUCCGAGCUUGCGAGGGCGCUUCCGACGGGACAGGCACCUAGUGCCCAUGUCACCUUCGCCGCGGACCAGAUCUCCAGUCCGGACCGCUCCGAUUGAGCUAGUUUGAUAAGCAGUUAGGCAGCUAAACCCAAAACCUUAACGUAAUGCUAAUCUUAAGUUAAGCUAUCCACUCGAUGUGUAAUAUCUUUGUCUUAUGUCUGUAAAACAAUGAGUUAUAGGGUAUUUUGCGGGUCGACGCGAUCCGGCGACUGACGAAACUAAAUUGAAACUGAUUUUGGUUA